AUGGCAUGUCAAAUCAUGGUAUCAACUCCCGUCGGGGCUGAUUUGGAGAUGAGGCUGGUUGUGAAGGAUUCAGCUGUGAAUGCCAUUUCUUAUGGUGCUAAGUUGAUGAUUCCGGGACUGUUGAGGUUUGAGAAUGAUACUGAGGCUGAGAUGACAACUGCUGUUAUGGGUACCUGUGAUCAUGGUGUUGUGGCAAAGAUUAAGAGGGUUGUGAUGGUCAAGGAUACUUAUCCGAGGAAAUGGGGGAUGGGGCCAAGGGCUUCUAUGAAGAAGAAGAAGUUGAUUUCUGAGGGGAAGUUAGAUAAGCUGGGGAAGCCAAAUGAGAAUACUCCUCAUGAAUGGAUGAGGAAUUUGGUUUUGCCCACUGGCGGAGAUUCUAUGGUUGCUAGCCUUCCUGCUGCUGAAUCGAGAUUGAAUAACCAUCCUCUUUCUUCCAAUAUUGCUUCCCAACGUCUCCCUUCAUGA